UCCACAUAGUUUGUAUCCAUGGCCACACUCUUCUGCUCCUCUCUUCAUCCUCUUUCUUCUUCUUCUUCUUCCUCCUCUUCUUAUUCAACAUUUCUCACUCUCCCCCAUCAACAACAACAACAACAACAACAGCCCCAAACAGCAACAAGACCUGAGAACCCAUUACUGCUGUUACGCUGCUCUGCCUCUGUUAAACCCCUUGAAGUCAUUUUAGAACCAACAAGACUCUUUGUCCAACCCAUUCUCCUGUUAACUACUGGCUUAAACUCCCCCGUGGAUACCCAAACCUUUCUUGCCACUAUAAGUGUCUUGGCCGCCAUUGCUCUCUCUCUGCUUCUCGGUCUUAAGGGUGACCCUGUUCCUUGCGAGAGGUGUGCUGGCAAUGGUGGUACAAAAUGUGUCUUCUGUAACAAUGGUAAAAUGAAGUUAGAAACAGGCUUGGUUGAUUGCAAAGUGUGCAAGGGUGCAGGAUUGGUACUUUGCAAGAAAUGUGCAGGUUCUGGAUAUUCUCGACGGUUGUGAACUGGGGUUUUCAGAUUAUUGCUCCCUCUCUUUGUAAUCGAUCUAAAUGAAUUUUCCUCGACUUUAGUUGCAAAAAGGACAGAAAUUGUACAUUUUAAUGUUACACUAUAUUGCAUUGAUUGCAUUACAGUC